CGUUCCUCAACGCUGGCUAGUACCGUGUUGAGUUUUCACGAGUGAGGGUGUGUUUCCCGCGCUUCACUUCAAUUAUCCGCUAUUUUGCACAAUUUCUCACAUUCGGCUAGUGAAAUUCUCCCCCCCUCAACGGUGACAAAUACACCUGGUGUACCACAUUCCGAAUGUAAAUUACAUUUCACCUAAGUUCUUACUCCAAUUGUGCCCCUCAUGAUCGAGUUUUCCGCGGAUUUUAAACUCAUAAAAUGGGGUGAAAAGAGUUCCAUGUCCGGGAGUUUUAUUUUUCUUUGAUUUUAUUUCAUCACAAAAUCCACGAGCGAUGAAUAUCAACGAGUAAAUCAUUGACAUAAUCUACAUGGAAUCAGAGCCUCGAAUCACGCCAAAGCCAUCAAUUGAAUUAAUUUUAUCAUCAUCAUGUCAUCGGCGAUAUUACUGUGUCCAUUAUCCUGCCAAUCACAGACACCAACGAUUGAGGAUUAUGCCCGCCGGAUGACCAUUCCAAUGAAAUUAAACACGUUAAUCUGAUACUAAUCCCCAUGGAACAAUGCAAAUAAGCAACAGUGAUUACUAUCAUAGAGGUACAAGAUCCUCCAUGGACCGACGGACAAAUCAGCUGGCUGGUGUAUCAUCUACGGUAACAAGUGUCACUGGGACCAAUACAACAAAUUGUACCAAGGAUAAUUCAACGUUCAGAAUAUCGACAACAGUUAAAGCAUCGGAAUUGUGGUGUUGCUGUUGCAAUUGUGCUAAUGCCAGAAAUGCUAAAGCACCUGGAUUUCUAGCCUGUCUUGGUGUUUGUGUACUUGUUUUUGGGUAUACACUACUUGGGGCGUUCGCUUUUAUGGCACUGGAGGGAGGAUUUAAAACGGAUCAACCGACAGACCUAGUGAGACUCGCCUCGUCCACCACCUCAAAAUCAUCAAAAUCAUCGCUAAAUACAGCUGGCGAUGAAACAAAUGGUGCCAUUGUUCAAAUCCCAGACGAUGAAGACUCUUCAGCGCGUGAAUUACGGGCUUACACGGUUGAGAGGCUUUGGAGUAUAACCGAGGACCUGAAUGUACUCUAUAAAGAAAACUGGACGAGACUUGCUGAACGGGAGAUCAUGGAUUUUCAGGAGAAAAUGACAAGAACAAUAAGUAGAGAUAAAUCAAAAUACUCGGUUACCGUACAGCGAAGCCCCAGAGGCAACGACAGACGUAAUUUAAUUGUCGACAGACGCUGGACAUUUGGCAGCAGCUUGCUUUACUCACUGACCCUCAUCACAACCAUUGGUUACGGUAGUGUUGCACCACGUACUGUUUGGGGACGUGUUAUCACGAUCGUUUAUGCCCUAGCUGGUAUACCACUGAUGCUGGUUUAUCUCAGCACUGUUGGUGAUGUUUUUGCGAGAACAUUUCGGGCUUUUUAUGGGCGUAUGUGCCACAGAAGUGAUUGCAGAAAGAGGAGGAAGGGAAAGUUUCUUGUUUCAUCGCCCUCCAUGCCCGGAAUAAUUGAGAAGAGUUAUCACAGGUAUGAGAAUCAUAUUGAAACGGGAAAGUUGACGCCGGGGUUUUACUCCAAAGAGGCAAGCUGUGAUGAACUUGGGGUGAGAGCUGGCGCUGCUAUUUUACUGGAUCGCGAGGGAAUCGAGGGGAAUAUCUAUCUUCAUCCCGGCGGGUCCAACACUGGGCUUCAGGAAGGGAACAUGGAAAAACGUCACCUCCAUCCGUCCUCUCAAAUGUCCUUAAUGCCGUCGACAAUGGGCUACGGUACAGACACUAUUUGUGUCGUUAGGAUACCAAUAAGUCUCUGUUUAUUGAUAAUUGUUGUGUACGUGUGCGCUGGUGCAUUCGUAUUCAAUCGUCUAGAAGGAUGGAGUCUUCUGGAGAGCAGUUACUUCUGUUUUACGAGCUUGGGUACGAUUGGCUUUGGUGAUCUAGUGCCGAUGGGAAGAAAUGCCUCAACGAGAUUGCUCGAGGAGAUGAGUCUGUGCGCCUGCUCUGUGUAUAUUUUAUUUGGAAUGGGUCUAAUUGCCAUGUGCUUCAAUUUAAUGCAGGAAGAGGUUGUUAGGGUUGUCAGAGUAUUUGGAAGGACCUGUGGAAGUACUGGAAUCACAGCAAAUUCGAUUGGAGCUAAUGGUCUCAAAUCGGAUUUAUGUGAAGAUGGAAGUAUCACUGGCAUUACGGAUAACUGUCAUGAGCACGAGGAUGACGGUAUUGCCAUGUCAAUGGUAUCAGCCUCCUGACAGCAGCCAGCCAGGAGCGCUGUUGAUGACAGUGAUCUCCUGGUGAAACACCGUACAGCUAGUAUCAAUAAAUAUUCAUCACCAGGUCGUCACUCACUGCCGCGUAAAAAAGUGACGAUUAAUACACGUGACACAUACCAGGGUGGCCAGUAUUCACCAAAUUUACAAAUACAACGUGGAGGAUCACAAUUAAGUCGCAAUGGUUUAUCACCAAUGCAGAUACAGCACAGACAUCAGCACAGCCAUUGUCAUGUUAAGGAGGACAGUAGUUUCGAAUAUUUUGUGCCAAGGAGUGUCAGUGAUUUUAAUUUAACAAGUGAUGUGCAGGAAAUUGCUGUUACACUACCCCAAUCUGUAUUAAAAAAUUACAGUACUGUUACAUCAACACCCUCGCAAACUAAUACACCAACAAUUUGUGCACAGAGUGCUAGUUCUAGGCAGGAUAAUUGUGGAACUAUUGGGACCAGGAGUCGUGAGAAAAUGGUUACAUUCGAGGAUGAGGGCUGUCCAGGCUCAACGCCAACCAGAAAAAUUCACGUACCUAAUUUAGAUAAUGUUUUCAUGUGACCCAUGUACACCAAGAUACAGUAAAAUUAUUGAUAUUGGUUUGGGGAUUUUUUUUUUUCUAAUCGAACAGGAAGAUAACGAUUUUGUUUUAUUUUUAUUUUUUUUUUUUGGUUGACGAUUGGGGGCGGGGGUACGACGAGGGAUUGGCAAUUUCAGGGUGAAAGUAUGUUUUCUAUGGGAUUUAUAAAAUAGUGGAGAAGGGGAGUUUUCACUGUUCGGAUUUUAAAAAUCAGCUUUGGUCUCUCUAUUUACGAAAAAAAAAAAUUAUUUCUACGAGGCGAAUUGGGAUUUCAUGCAAAGUGUGACAUUAUUGCUAUUGUUUUUCAGAGUUUUGGGUUUAACUGUCGACUGAAAUGGGAUGAUAACGAUUUUUUUUCAUUUUUUUGUCGCUUUCUAGUGCUGGAAACUGGGGGAUAUAUCGGGGAACUGAAUUUUUUCGUGUGAAAAAAAAAAAGUUUUCAGUGAAUGUUUUUUUUUAUGGUGAGGUGGAGUGUUUCCACCAUUGUAUGAAAAAAAUUUUGAGCUCCGUAGAUCGUGCCAUUCGCGAAUAAAAAAAUCACUGGAGAGUGUUGAAUUGGAAUUUUAUCCUAAUUAUUGAUUGAACCAGAAAAUAUUGGAUUUGAGUUUAAAAUGAGACGAGAAGAUAAUGAUUUGUCGUUUAUUCGACUGUGGAGAACUGGGGGAUAUAUUGAGAAACUGAAAUUUUUCACGUGAAAAAACAAUUUUCAGUGAAUUAAUGAGAGAAACAGUGGCGGAGGGUUUUCAACAUUUGUAUUAGAGAAUUUACUUCAUUCAUGAAAACAAUCAUUUUACAGUGUUGAAUCGGAAUUUUAUUCUAAAUGCUAGUCAAACCAGAGAGUAUUGGAUUUAAUUUCCAAAUGGAACGAGAUUUUCACUCCAUGUUUCCGGGUUGAGCCAUUGAAAACUGGAUAAAUGCAAAAUAUGUCAAUGUGAAAAUACUUUUUUCAAUGAAUUCAUAAAAUCACGGAGAGAGGUAGAAACUUUUCACCAUUACCAUUCACAAAAAAUAAGCUUUGUUCCAGAAUGUUAAAUUCAACUUCAAUAUUUGAAAAUUCAAACCAGAAUUUCCUAAAAAAUCUUUACUCUGAAAAAUUCACUUCAUCCAUUUCGUUAAAUACAUCUCUGUAAAUAACCAAAACCUAUUGGAAAAACUAUUAUUACUGCAUAUUGAAUUCUACAUUUUUUAGAUUAUAAACCCCACAUUCAAAUUAUUUAUAAUGCAAAACAAUUCUCGAUAAUUCACGUUCAACUUUAAAAAAUCAGCUCAUCUCACUCACUAACCAGCGAAUUUAGAUGCAUUUCUAGCCAGUUAUUUGUUACUUCUUCCCACAAAUGCAACACCUCACUAUUACCCAUUUCAAUCCAAAACAGCGAAUCCUCUCGAGCAAAUAAUAUUGCGUAUAAUUCGCAAAUGUAACGAGAAGAUAACGAUUCUUUUCAUCUAUAUUUUUACGUUGAGCCUUUAAAAACUGGGAAAAUGCAAAAUAUUCCAGACUAAAAAUACGUUUUCCAAUUAAUUCAUAAAACAACGGAGGGAAACAGAAACUUUUUACCAUUUCCACUCAGUUUUCAGUUCCAUAAAUCCCUCCAUUAACAAAAAAGAGCCUCUAUUCCAUGAUAUUUGGUUAAUAUAAGUUUCACUCUAUCCAUAUCGUUAUUUACACCAUAAAUUAUUAUUCAAACCAUAAAACAAUUCCCAGUAAUAAACGUUCAACUAAAAAAAAUCAGCUUAUCUUCUUGCCCAUUAACCGUCAAAUUUAAAUGCAUCCAAUUCAUUUAUUUUUUCCAUAAAUACCGACGAGGGGGAGGUACAGCAUAUGGAAUGAGACGUAAACGUUUAUUACGUUAUCAUCAUUUCCCACGUUUAACAGUAAUUCAAUUUUAAAAUUUUCGUCGAACAUUUCAUCACGAGUCGGGGCUAAAUCCGAUUGAAAACUUUUUGGCACAGCUCCCCCUCCCCUCUCCCCACCCCCUCUCCGUCAUCACUAUACUCUAAUUAAUGAAAUAAUCCCCCUAUUCUCCAGCCCCACCCCCUGAACCCUCACACUUUCCUUAACUAUCGCUAAUUUACUACUGCUAGUGCUGAAUUAUUCCAAACAAAAAAAUGUGAGAAAUGAAAUUACGAGAGAAUGAUAAUUGUAGUUGAAUCAGUGGUGGAAGUAAAAGACACGAGAUAACAAAAUACUGGAGCAGUUAUAACAGCCACAAACCACGACGAAAGAAAAAAAGUGUCCCAUUGAUAAUGAGACUAAAUAAACUCCCCAGGACCUACAUUAAGUGAAACAAUAAUGAUAUAUCUUGUUACCUAGAUCAAUUAUGUAACGACGUCAACCAUGUAACCGUAGAGAAGCCAAAAUUAGUUGAAAAAAAAAAAAGAAAAUAAUUAUCUGUAAUUGACACAGCAUUAUAAUAACGACGAGAGAAUUCAUCGACAGUGAAGAGCCACGAAAAUACGAGAGAAUUAAAAAACUUGAAAUUGUAUCUAUAUCGAUUGUAAAGAGUUUACGAAGUUUUUCGCAAUGAGAGAAGAAGAUAAAGUGAUGAAGAGUAUAAAAAGAAUAUAAUGAAAAAGAGAAGAAAAAAAUACACGUUUUCCUUGUUUAAGAAAAUAGUCCAGUGAUUUAUCUG